AUGGAUGUUCGAAAUGCAUUUCUUCAUGGAGACCUCACAGAAACCGUUUAUAUGAAACAACCUGCCGGUUUCAUAGACAAAGAUCAUCCUGAUCAUGUCUGCUUACUACACAAAUCACUCUAUGGACUGAAACAGGCUCUAAGAGCUUGGUUUGACAAAUUCAGCAAUUUCUUGCUUGAAUUUGGUUUCUUCUGCAGCAUUCCAGAUCCUUCCCUCUUCAUAUGUGCUAAGAAUAAUGAUGUUAUUUUUUUGCUUCUCUAUGUUGAUGAUAUGGUGAUUACAGGGAACCCCUCUGCUCUUCUCAACAGCCUCCUUGAAGAGCUCAACAAACAGUUUUGGAUGAAGGAUUUGGGUCAACUGCACUACUUCCUUGGCAUUCAGGCUCAUUUUCAUCCUGGAAGUUUGUUCCUUUCUCAACAAAAGUAUGCUGAGGAUCUUCUCAUUACAGCUGCAAUGGCAAACUGCUCUCCCGUUGCCACUCCUCUACCACAACAAUUAAGCAAAGCUCCUAAUCAUCAUAAACUUUUUGACAAUCCAAAGUACUUCAGAAGCCUUGCUGGGAAGCUUCAAUACUUGACUCUCACACGACCGGAUGUGCAGUUCUCUGUUAACUAUGUGUGUCAAAAAAUGCAUGCUUCUACUGUCUCUGAUUUCCAACUCCUCAAACGCAUACUCUGA